AUGAUGGAAAGAACUGUAGUGUUGGCACUCUGCUGGAUGUUAAUGCCUUUACCAUGCAUGCCACUCUAUCCAUCACUACGGUUUGGUCAGAGAGCUACGGCGAUUCUCAUGAGCUCCUCUGUGGAGAAUCCCCUGCAGCCCCCCACAGGCUACAGAUCCGCCCGGAGCCAGCAAGUAGAGUUCAGGACUGGAAGACAUGCUGAUGCAGUCUUCACCAACAGCUACAGAAAGGUUCUUGGUCAAAUAUCUGCUAGGAAGUUCCUACAAACAAUCAGGGGUAAAAGACUAAGACGCAGGCCAGAAUCUGAACAGUAUGUAAAACGCCAGGCGGACAUAUUUGAGGACACUUUCAAACAGGACCUGAUGUCUAUUGAAAGACAACACAGUUACAGCAAACACCAAAGAGGACUUUAACACACUAGUCUCCAGUGCAGCAAGCGUGAUCGUUGACACUAACGAUGAAGAACGUUAAGACUCAACAAAGAAAACAACCCCUAUACUGCUAAGUCUAUUUAAAGUCACGCAGCAUUUGCUUUC